UAUCCAUGGCUGCUCGCAAGAUGGCCAUGUCGUCCUCCCUGCUCUUGCUGCUAUCCGCGCUGCUGCUCUCGAGUAGCAGCGCGGCGAGGAUGCUGCAGGAGGUGGCCUGGGCACCCUAUGAUUACUACUACCCAAAGCCUGAUCAACCUCCACAGCUGCCCACACCUGAUGGUAUGCCAAACCCUUAUCAACCUCCACAGCCCACACCUGGUGUUCCGCUGAAACCCGAUUUGCCACCGAUGCCGAAACCCGAUUUUGAUAUACCAUGGAAGCCUGACCAACCGCCGCAACCUAAUCCUAACGGGCCACCGAAGCCUGAUGUGCCCCCGAUACCCAAACCUGAUGGGCCACCCAAUCCCAAUGGCCCACCUAAGCCUGAUCAACCUGCACAACCAUGUCAUGAUGAGCCACUGAGACCUAAUCAAUCACCACAACCUAUUCCUAAUGGGCCACCAAAUCCUGAUGUGCCACCAAUGCCUAAACCCGAUGGACAACCCAAUCCUUAUGAGCCAUUGAAACCAAACCAACCACCACAAUCCAAUCCUAAUGAACCACCCAAGCCCGAUGUGUCACCAAUUCUCAAUCCUUAUUUUCCAUUAAAUCCUAACCAACCACCACAGCCUAAACCCGAUGAUGUGCCACCAAUGCCCAAACCUGAUGGGUUGCCGGAGCCUAAUCAACCACCACAAUCCUAUCCUAAUGGACCAUCGAAACCCGAUGUACCACCAAUGCCCAAUCCUUAUGUGCCAUUCAACAUUGAACAGCCUCCACAACCCAAUCCUAACAUGCCAUCAAAGCCAGACCAACCACCACAACCCAAUCCCGAUAUGCCACCAAAGCCAGAUCAGCCAUCCCAGCCUUGUCCCGAUGGGCCCAUAAAUCCCGAUCAACCACUGCCACCUAAGCCUGAUGGGCCAUCGAAACCUGAUCAGUCGCCACAGCCUAAUCCUAACGAACCACCGAAACCCGACCAGCCACCACAGCCUAAUCCUAACGGACCACCAAAACCUGACAAACCUCCACAACCCAAUCCUGAUAUGCCACCAAAGCCAGACCAACCAUCCCAGCCUUGUCCCGAUGGGCUCAUAAAUCCCGACCAACCACUGCCACCUAAGCCUGACGGGCCACCGCAACCCGACCAACCACCGCAACCCAAUCCUAACGGGUCACCAAAGCCUGACCAGCCACUGCAACCCAAUCCUAACGGGCCACCAAAGCCCGACCAGCCGCCGCAACUCAAUCCAGAUAUGCCACCAAAGCCAGACCAACCACCCCAGCCUUGUCCCGAUGGGCCCAUAAAUCCCGACCAACCACCACCAUCUAAGCCUAAUGAGCCACUGCAACCCGACCAGCCACCGCAACCCAAUCCUAACGGGCCACCAAAGCCUGACCAGCCGCCAAAACCACCAUGCCAUGAGCUACCACCAAAGCCGGAUGCGCCGCAGAUGCCGUCGUUGCCGAAUGGCGAGCUUCUACCAAAGCUAGAUUUCCAGCCGUCGCCAAACGGUGAGCUUCCACCGCCGAAGCCAGAGCUGAAUGGUGAGCUUCCAUUUUCACCGUAGCUAGAAGAAGCAUAGCAUUGGCCACCGAAGCCUAGAGCCGUCGGCCAUUCAUGAGGUGUAUCUCCUGCAGACGUGAGAGAAAAAAAAAACCAUGAUGAUCACCAAGGCUCAUUUCGGAUUAAGUGUUAAGCUUACAUUCUGCAUUUGAUUUGGCUUGUUCAUUUGUAUCUGUAUCCAUGGCGCAUGCCAUGCCUGUCAUCCGUGUACAUGUAUGUUCUUACUGAAUUUGUUGCUAUGAGCUCACAUAUACUCUCCCUGAGGAUGUGAGAUCAUAUAUUUAUAUCUUUUGUUAAUAAUGGAUUCAAGCGUGUGUGAAUAUGAGCACACACUUGCAUUCAUCAGUCAUCGUUUUCAUUGAUUCAUUGACCAGGGCUGUAUGCCUCCAUGU